GCGAUCCCUGCUAUCGACAUGUCAAAAGAUGUCAACAUGCCCGUCUUUAGAAGAGAUCCCUGUGGCAUUACCUGUCUUUUUCUCACUUACACAGCGAUAUUUUACGCCGAUUAUGUCAUAGUCCACUGGGUUAUCAUACAGACGAUGUCAAACAGCUUAUGGGGUGCUCUACAUGUCCUUCUCUUCAACACACUGGUGUUCAUGACACUCAUGGCACAUGUCCGAGCUGUGUUUAGUGAUCCAGGGAUUGUUCCACUACCCCAAAGCAGGCUUGAUUUCUCCGACAUGCAUGCAGGUGGAGAAAAGAGUGAUGACUGGACAGUAUGUGCUCGAUGCGAGAUGUACAGACCACCUCGUGCUCACCAUUGCCGGAUUUGCCAGCGAUGCAUACGGCGCAUGGACCACCACUGCCCAUGGAUCAACAAUUGUGUAGGGGAAUGGAACCAGAAGUAUUUUCUGCAGUUUCUGACCUUUGUUGGCCUCAUGUCAAUCUAUGCACUGUCCCUCAUUGCAUAUUCAUGGAUCAAGGACUGCCCAGAAUGUUCAAAGGAAAUGAUGAUAAAGCAAGGGAGACUAUUACACUCAGUAAUAUUAAGCAUGGAAAGCAUUCUCUUUGGCCUCUUCGUCAUUGCCAUCAUGUGUGACCAGAUGCAAGCUAUCCUCAGCGAUGAAACAGCUGUUGAACAGGUAAAACGACAGGGACCAUAUCGGGCCAAGCGUCCAAAGAUGGCACUGCUCAAGGAAGUGUGUGGACGCAGCCAUCCAGUGUUGUGGGUAUUCCCGUGCACCAGUGCUCCCUUCAGUAGUGAACCUUCUUAUAGCCUGACUGUUUAAGUUAAACAUCAUCCUCAGAGUGAAUAAUCUGGAAAACAGUCCCAUUUUAUAUCAUCAUCAUCAAUUCUUCAAGUCACAAGUUCACUCUCUCCUGACAGCCAUUAGAUAUGUAGCUUAUGGUAGCACUGGUGAUGUCAGUCUGGGUAACCUGCACAGCCACUGAGCUCAAGGGUACAAUCAAUCAACACAGUGCCUGACACUUUAACUCUUUCCAUAACAUUAUAUUGGGCUCAUGAAGAAGACCUCUUGGUGCCCAAAGUAGCAAUGGAUCUGAUUUGUGAUUUAAGAAUAAGUCUCAAUACAUUUCUAAGCUGAUUAGAGAUUUUAUUUACUGUUUAUUGUCUUGUUCUAUUCGUAAGGAUAUCCCCAAGGAGAUAUUCUUUGUGAUGUCACAGCUUCUUGGAUUUGAAGUAGUGAUAUAUUUAUGGGGAAAUCUCUGUGAUGUCAAAUACAACAUUACCUUAACAUUUUCAAUAUAUUCAUGUAUUUGAGAUAGUAAACUUUUUAAAAAUCAGUAAGUAGGACAAAUUUAGCAUAUAAAAACUAUCUUUGUUUUUUUUUUAAGAGAGAAAACAUAUCUAACAUGGUAAGAGACUUAGGUGGACCAUUGUUGUGAAUGUAAAUAUGUAUACUACAGAAAAUAAACCUUUUCCUUACUUUUAUAGUCAAACAUCUAUGAAAGAGAUCUAAUCUGUUUGGAAUAAGAAUAUGCAAAUCUUUUAUAAAUGAUAUCUCUCCACAGUAAACACCCACUCAUUCAUACAUAACUGUAUUUAUAUUUUGACUCAUCAUUUUUGAAUACUCACUUUUAUUCAGUAAUUCUUGUAGUGCAUUAAUACUUUGCUACAUGUUUUCUUAAAACAAUAAUUGGUCAGCAGAUAAGGAUAUGUAAAUCAUUUGAAAGUUCAUAUAAACACUAACACAUUUCCAUACUUUUAGUGUAAGAAAUAUGUACAUUUAUAUAUGAUUUAUGUAAAUUUUUCCAGAUGGAUAUAAUUUACCUGAAAAUAAUUUUGGAUAUUAGAUGAUAAGGUUUUUUAGUUCAAAUCUUACUGGUCUGAAUUAAAUGGUGUUGUGGCGGAUGUUCAGGAAUCAGAUGUGCGAGUUGAUUUACUACCAUGUACUUUUCUCGUGAAUUAGUGAUCACCAUUAGUUUUUAAGCUGCUGUUUAUUUUUUGUAACUAUUGAUUUUGUUCAAAAUAUAUUUUUAUGUUCUGUUACUAAAAGUGCUUAACAGAGUAAAUAUUUAUUAUGUUGAUAAACAAUAACAUAUAGAUUAAAUGAUUAUUACAUAUAUCUGUCUACCUGCCUGCCAGUCUAUCUAUGUGUCUGUAUGUGUGUGCAUGCAUGCAUACAUGUUUGUAUGGGUGUAUAAGGAUUUGUGAAUUUUGUGUGUGUGUGUGUGUGUGUGUGUGUGUGUGUGUGAGAGUGCGUGCGUGCGUGCGUGCGUGCAUGCCUGCAUGCGUGCUUGCAUGCGUGCCUGUGUGCAUGCAUGUAUGUGUGUGUGUGAGUGUGUGUGUGCGUGCGUGCGUGCGUGCGUGCGUGCGUGUCUCUGUUUGUGUGUGCGUGCGCGCAUCUGUGCAUGCAUUUGUAUGUGUAAUAUAUGUGUAGUUAUGUGCAUUGAUGCAUAUGAGUGUGUUACUAUAUUUAUGGCUUUCUGAGACUGUGUGUAUGUCUGAAUGAAUGAAUGUAUAUAUGGGCAGUAGGUGUAUAUGGAUGUAUGUGUGUAGGCAUGUUUGUAUUUAUUGAUCUGUAAUGGUUGCACUUUUGUGUGUAUAUUUGUAGUAUAUGUUAGGAUAGGAGGCACAUGGGCACAAGGUGAUUGCAUAUGUUUGUGUGUGUGCUACAUGUAUGCAUAUAUGUAUGUGCCAGCAUUUAUGCACCAUGUAGUACAUUAUUAACAAGAGCAUUAUUUGCAUGUAAUAGUAGACCCCACUCAGUGUGUUGUGAUACUUUUUCAAAUGUUAAUGCUUCACUUUGUUCUUAAUUGAAUCUUGACAGUUCAAUAUGAUGCUGUGCAUAAGUAACAACUUUCAGAAUAGCAUAAACCCUGUUGCUGUCGGGCAUGUUGAAUUUGACAUUUCACGAGCAAAUACAGAAGCACAGAGAGCAAACUGCAUUGUAAUUCUACCAAAUAUUGCUCUGUGAUUGUGAUGUAAUGAAGUAAGGUGCAUGCAAAUGUGGAAGUGUAAUAGGUGAAUAAAAUCAUAAACAGUGAAAUUCAAUUAAUUUCACUUUUUAAUGCAAUUUAAAAAAUAUAUCUAUAGGUCUGAAUGGAUGGCAAAUGUUAUCUAAUAUUUAAUGGUUACCUUUACAGAUCAGCAGAUUAAUAAAUAUUUAAUUGUUCUUUU